UCUCGCUUGAGUUCUUUACUUUAAAAAAACUUCAAAAUUUGCAACAAUUAUCAAGGCCCUCGCUUAAGGGACUGGUAUAGACUCAUCCUCUGGUACUACUACACAAGUUUCGAUAGUCAUUCUCCGGCAUUUGUAUACUGCAGACAUAUUUUAACUUUGUUCUUUUAUAUUAGUUCAUCCGCUCUGACAAACCGUAUAUUUUAUAUAUUUGUAAAAGAUGGAUCCAGAGAGCUUCAAGGACUGCGCAAAAGAGAUGGCGGAAUAUAUCGCAAACUACUUGGAAAAUAUUAGAGACAGGAGAGUCUUGCCUACGGUGAAGCCGGGAUACCUGCGACCACUCUUGCCAUCCGAAGCACCCCGAACCCCUGAACAAUGGAAGGAUGUAAUGGCCGAUAUCGACAGAGUAAUAAUGCCAGGCGUUACUCAUUGGCACAGUCCAAAAUUCCAUGCAUACUUUGCUUGUGCUCAAUCGUAUCCCUCGAUUCUAGCCGAUAUGUUAAGCGGAGGUAUUGCGUGUAUUGGAUUCACGUGGAUCGCGAGUCCAGCUUGCACUGAACUAGAAAUGAUCGUAGUAGAUUGGCUGGGAAAAAUGUUGGGCCUGCCCAAAGAAUUUAUUUUCUGCAGCGGUGGGAAAGGCGGUGGUGUCAUACAAGGCAGUGCUAGCGAAUCGACUUUGUUAGCGUUAUUUGGUGCCAAGGCUAAAAAGAUGAAACAAGUUAAAGAACAACAUCCUGAUUGGACGGACAGUGAGAUUGUCGGUAAACUAGUCGCAUAUUCUUCUUGCCAAGCAAAUACUUCGGUUGAACGCGCUGGACUUAUGGGAGGAAUAAAGUUAAGACAGUUGGAAGUCGAUGAUAAGUACAAGCUGCGCGGCGAUACAUUAGCCGAAGCAAUAAGAAAGGACAAAGAAGAAGGACUCAUACCGUUUUACAUUGUCGCUACUUUGGGAACGACUGCUAGUUGUGCUUUUGAUCGUCUCGAUGAAAUUGGUAUUAUAGCGAAUCGCGAAGACGUUUGGUUGCAUGUGGAUGCUGCUUAUGCAGGAUCUGCUUUUAUUUGUCCGGAAUUCAGAUAUUUAAUGAAAGGUAUUGAAAUGGUAAAUUCAUUCAAUUUCAACCCUCAUAAAUGGAUGUUAGUUAAUUUCGACUGCUCUGUCCUGUGGCUUAAGAAUCCGACAUAUUUGACAAACGCUUUCAAUGUGGAAGCUGAGUUUGUAAAGCAUGAGAUGCAGGGUUUGGUGACAGAUUACAGGCAUUGGCAGAUUCCACUUGGACGUAGAUUCAGAUCUCUGAAACUUUGGUUUGUAUUGAGGCUUUACGGGGUCGAAAAUCUACAAAAGUAUAUUAGAUCACACGUCGCUCAAGCGCACGAGUUCGAAGCAUUAGUUCUUUCUGAUCCUCGAUUCGAAAUCAUAGGCGAAGUUGUCAUGGGAUUGGUUUGUUUCCGAUUGAAGGGAUCCAACGAACUCAACGAAGCCUUGCUAAAGAAAAUCAACGAUGCAGGAAACAUCUAUCUCAUUCCAGCGACAACAAAGUGCACGUACUACUUGCGAUUUGCCGUCGUUUCUCGAUUCAGCGAGAUCAAGGAUAUACAGUAUUCAUGGAAAGAGAUCCAACUGAGAGCAAAUGAGAUUCUUGAAGACUACAAUCGAUUAUGAAGCAAUGGCGCGCUCAGAUAGCUCGCGGUUGCGGAUUGUCUGCGCCUGCCACUUGCAACCAGUUCUAGUUUUAAGUACUUUCUUGCACCCAACAGGUAUUGAGGGCCGAUAAUAAAAUAAGCCAAAGUAGUGAAUGAUUAGGGAUUGUCUUAGACAAAAAUAUGAUAAAAAUAAUUUUUCCAAAAAGAUUCAAAUUACAGAUGAGUAAACAACGCUUCAAGAAUGUGAUCUUUGCAAUCAGAGAGAAUUACGUAUCAUUGGUGAGGUUUGAUGCAGAAACCUUUUGUAUCGAUGCAAGCACACGCAUGUAAUAUAUUCUCUUCUGUCGAUUAAAAAAAUUUCUAAAUUAUCGAAAUAGGAAAAUACCGUCAAUGCGAUAAAAAAUGUCGGAUACAACUACGUCAACAUAAAUAAUAAAAGGCAUUUAAUAAUCGAGGGAAAUAUAUACAUA